CUUCGGCAAUAUUUGGCGCGUCUGGUAAUUUGGCGCCGUUUUUAUUCCUGGUUAGGCCGCUGAGGUUGUGUGAACGGUUCUGCUUGUGCGCAGCCAGAUUUUGAUUAGCUCUGUGGUAUAGUUCUUCCGUUUAUACCUAGUAACCGCAAGCCAUGUAUGUCCUCAAGCGAGGUGGCCGCAAAGAAGUGGUGCAUUUCGACAAGAUCACUUCGCGAAUUCAAAAGCUGUGUUAUGGGCUCAAUGCAGACUACAUCGACCCUUGCCUCAUCGCCCAGAAAGUUAUCAAUGGCCUGUACCCUGGAGUCACGACGACAGAACUGGACAACUUGGCUGCGGAGACAGCAGCGACAAUGACUACGAAGCACCCUGACUAUGCUAUUUUGGCUGCACGUAUUGCUGUGUCUAACCUGCACAAAGAGACGAAGAAAGUGUUCAGUGAGGUUGUUGAGGACCUUUACAACAUGGUAAACGAACGGACGAGACUACGUUCUCCCAUGAUAAGUGACGGCACGUACAAGAUUGUCAUGGAUAAUGCUGAAGCUUUAAACUCUGCCAUCAUUUACGACCGUGACUUCAGCUACAACUACUUUGGUUUUAAGACACUCGAGAGAUCCUACCUGUUGAAAAUCAAUGGCAAAGUUGUGGAGAGACCACAGCAUAUGUUGAUGCGGGUCGCCAUCGGAAUCCACGGAGAAGACAUCGAAGCCGCCCUCAAUACCUACAACCUCAUGUCUGAGAAAUGGUUCACGCAUGCUUCACCGACUCUUUUUAACUCUGGUACACCCCACCCACAGUUGUCAAGUUGCUUCCUGCUGACAAUGAAGGACGACAGCAUUGAAGGCAUCUACGACACUCUGAAGCAAUGCGCGUUGAUCUCCAAGUCGGCCGGUGGAAUUGGGGUUAAUGUGCACUGCAUCAGAGCUUCCGGAACUUACAUUGCUGGGACGAACGGAACUUCCAAUGGCCUGGUGCCGAUGCUCAGGGUGUACAACAACACUGCGCGUUAUGUUGACCAGGGAGGCAAUAAGCGUCCCGGUGCAUUCGCGAUCUACCUGGAACCAUGGCACGCCGACAUUUACGACUUUCUGGACUUGAAGAAAAACACGGGGAAGGAGGAGAAUCGUGCCCGCGACCUGUUCUAUGCCCUGUGGAUCCCUGACCUGUUCAUGGAACGUGUGGAAAAGAACGAGAUGUGGUCCCUGAUGUGCCCCCAUGAGUGUCCGGGUCUCCACGACACGUACGGAGAUGAAUUCGUGGAACUCUACACAAGGUACGAGAAGGAAAAGCGCUAUCACCGUCAAGUGCAAGCGCAACAGCUGUGGUACGCUGUCUUAGAGUCUCAGAUUGAAACUGGGACCCCGUACAUGCUGUACAAAGAUGCUUGCAACAGAAAGUCGAAUCAAAAGAACUUGGGCACCAUCAAAUGUAGUAACCUCUGUACGGAGGUUGUGGAAUACAGUUCACCCGACGAGGUUGCCGUAUGUAACUUGGCUUCGAUCGCCCUGAAUCGCUACGUCCACAACGGAGUCUUUGACUUUGAGAAGCUCAAGGAAGUCAGCAAGGUGGUCACGCGAAAUCUCAACAAGAUCAUCGACGUAAACUACUAUCCCAUCCCUGAAGCAGAGAGAUCCAACAAGCGGCACCGACCCAUCGGCAUUGGGGUUCAGGGACUGGCGGAUGCGUUCAUUCUCAUGCGAUAUCCUUUCGACAGCGAAGAAGCACAGCUCCUGAACAAGCAGAUCUUUGAGACCAUCUACUACGGUGCUUUGGAAGCAAGUUGUGAACUCUCCGAGACAGAAGGACCGUAUGAGACUUACAAGGGAUCUCCAGUCUCUGAAGGGAUCCUUCAGUACGACAUGUGGAAUGUAACGCCAACAGACAUGUGGGACUGGGCGAAGCUGAAAGCGAAGAUUGCGGAGCACGGCGUCAGAAACAGUCUUCUCCUUGCUCCAAUGCCGACUGCAUCCACGGCUCAAAUUCUGGGCAACAACGAAUCCAUAGAGCCUUACACGAGCAACAUCUACACGCGGCGGGUGCUUUCUGGAGAGUUCCAGGUCGUGAACCAGCACUUACUAAAGGACUUGACAGAUCGUGGGCUUUGGAACGAGGACGUGAAGAACACGCUCAUUGCCCAUAAUGGCUCUGUUCAGGAAUUGGACAUCCCAGACGACUUGAAGGCUCUGUACCGCACGGUCUGGGAAAUUCCGCAGAAGAACGUGCUCAAGAUGGCUGCAGACCGCGGAGCAUUCAUCGACCAAAGCCAGUCUCUCAACGUGCACAUUGCACAGCCAAAUUAUGGCAAACUGACGAGCAUGCAUUUCUACGGCUGGAGAUUGGGCCUCAAGACCGGCAUGUACUACCUGAGGACGAAGCCUGCAGCCAAUGCAAUCCAGUUCACCGUGGACAAAACGGCAAUCAAAAAGAAGCAGAUGGAGGCUAUGACAUGUUCUUUGCAGAACAAGGACGAGUGCCUCAUGUGCAGUGCCUGAGGUUCACGGCCUGUGUGCACACAGUUGUGUUCAUAUUUGCAUUUAAGUAUUAUUUUUUGUAGCAUCGGCAUUUAUUUUGAGAGUUUUAGCUUGGGCAUUUUAUUGUCACCUGUACAGUUUCAUAUCCUUGCACAUUGUCAGGAACGUUUAUGCACGCUUUACAUGUGCUCCAUGUGAGUAUAGUAUAUAUAUAUUUUUUGCAUUGUUGACACCGCAAAGAAUAAACGGUCCUUUAUAACA